ACAAAACACAGCCAUAUACAUUCUUAUAAUACCUAUAUAAUACCCAUAUAAUACCCAUAUAGACUCACAUAGUGUCAUCUUAUAGCUCAGCUCUGAGGAAUAUUCAUCCAUUGACACACUACAGCUCAGUAGCUCACCACCCCAGAUCUGAAUUAUGUCGAGCUUGUAUUUCACUUUCUAACCAUGUCCCAGCCUGAUAACAACCAUAAGCACCAGCUCAGUAAUCUUCUUGAUACAGGUGACAACAACAGCCAACUCCAAUUAAGUAUCCAAGGAAAUGCUCAGAUCAAGAGAAGAAGAGUUUCAAAGGCCUGCAACCAUUGUCGUCUCAAAAAGAUCAAAUGUAAUGGUGAAAACCCUUGCUCUAGUUGUAAGAAAUAUAAGAUCUUUUGCGACUACAACCUCAACGAUAAAAAGAAAUCAAAUUCAAGAUUUUCAACUGUUAAGGCGAUUGAAAUAAUAAAUAAAAGACUAUCCUUUGUUGAAAAUUACUUGCAAUUGUUGUUGAAUGAAAGAAAUUCAAAUCCACAUCCAAACUUACUUAAUCAAAAUCAAAACAUUUCAAAUUUCACUCAACCUAAUCAAUUUAACAAUAAUUUGAAAAAUGAAUUUCAGUAUCCAGCUCAAUUUCAAAAUAAUGAAGUUCAAGAUCAAUUUCAAUUUCAAAAUCAUAACCAAAAUCGCACUCAAACUCUAACACAGAAUUUUAAUCAAAAUCUUGCUCAAAAUCAAAUUCAUAUCCCAAACCAAAAUUUUCAAUUAAAUUAUCAAAAUCAACAAACUCAUCGUUCUCAAUUUGAAAAUGAAAUCGAAAACGAGACAAUGAAUGGUAAUGAAGAAGAAGAAGGAGAAGAAGAAGGAGAAGAUUAUGAUGAAGAUGAUGAUAAUCAAAGCAAUAACAACGUCAAUAAUGAUAAUGAUAACGGCAAUAAUAAAGGUAAUAAUAACAGUAAUGAAAAAGAUAAUAACAAUCACAAUAACAAUUGUAAUGAUAACAAGGAUAACAAUCAUAAGGAUGAUAAUAAUAAUGAUAACAAUAAUAACAAUAAUAACAAUAAUAACAAUAAUCACGAUAAUCACAAUCACAAUAAUGAUCAAAUUGAAAAUCAAAAUUUAACCACAAGUAAUAAAAAUAUUGAAAAUAACAGUCAAUCUGUACUAUUAGAAAAUAAUAAUAUAAUAUCAAACGAUAAUUUAUCUAAUAAUGAAAACAGUGAAAAAUUAACAGAAAAACCUUACUUAUUCAUUACUUGUCCAUAUGAUGAUGAUUUUAAAAGCAAUAAACAAAUUUCAUCUGAUAACCAAAAAACAAAUAAUUCAAAAACUGAUAAAAUUAUUAACAAAGAUAACCCAAUUCAAAAUCCCAAUAAUAAUCAAUCUUCAAUUCAAAUUAAAAAGGAAAAAAAUCCGAAAAAUAUAGAAAAUAACGAAAAUUCAAGUAAAAAAGUCCAAUUGGACAUAAGUAAUCGAAUAAAUAUUGUUUAUUAUGGUCCCCAUACAACCUUUUCUGUUUUUUCUCCUAGAGGUUUAGAAUGGAUUCAAAAAAGACUUUUAAGUAAAAAUAUUCAAAACAAUAAUACAAAUUUUGUUAAUACUACUAAUAACACUAACAUAAAUAACAACAAUGACUAUUUAGCAUUAUCAAAACCUUUAAAAAUGUUAAACUCUUAUAUCCAUGAUAUUAUGAUAAUGCACUCAAAAGUUUGGGUAGAUCCUUUAACUGUUAAAAAUUUAACUUCAAUUCAAAAUAAUAACCAAUAUUUAUAUUUAUUAGAUGUGGCUUUUUUGUUUAAAUACCCAUUUCACAUUUUUUCUAAAUUUGAAGUUUAUCAAAUUUUUCAAAAUUAUUUUAAUUCAAUUGAUAAUAUUACUAAUAAAACCAAUACCAAUACUAGUACCAAUACCACCACUACUAAUAAUAAUAAUCAUAGUUUACUAAGUUAUUCAGAUUUUUUAAUAAUGAAUAUUUUUAUUCUUAUCGGCUGUUCCAUUGUAUUAGAAUUACCAAAAAAUCAUCCUAAAUCAAUAAGCUUUAAAAAAAAGUAUAAUAUUACAACCAUUGAUCGAUCAAAAAUUAAAAAAUUACUUGAAAAUCAUUAUACAAAUGCCAUUUUCUUUUUUCAAAGAAUUUCAAUCAUUGGUGAUGGUUUAAAAGCUAUAAAAGGAAUAAUUUUAUUAAUUUUUUUUUCUGAAACAACUUUGAUACCGAAAACUAAUAAUAUGCUAUUAUCAACUGCUUUGAGAUUAGCACAAGAAAUCGGCUUACAUCGAAAGGAAUCCUUUUUUGGAUUAAGUAACAAAGAAAUCAUUAACAGAAAAAAAGUUUGGUUUGUAUUAUACUAUCUAGAUAAAGAUUAUUCAAUAAAACUCGGCAGACCUCAAUUGAUCAAUGAUAACGAUGUUACUUCGAUGGAACAUUCAGAUUUAAAAGAGAUUAUUUCUCAAGUUUUUUUCACAAAGAAAAAAAGACAAAAAACUGUCAUCAAGAAUCUUGAUGAAAUUUUAAAUAAAAGCAAAGAAAAAAUUGAGAAUAGGGAUAUAAAGGAAAAAAGAAGCAAAAAUUAUAAUAAAUUUGAUAUUCAUGAUCUUAAUAUUGACAUUGAUAAAUUAGCUCAAUUAGAUCAUGAAAGUUUUGCGUUAGUUACUAGCUAUUAUUCUGUAACUUUAUCAAAAUUCAGUUCAAAGGCUUACGAUAAAUUAUUUGCUGCAAAAGCAUUAAUAAAUAAAUCUAUCAUUGACAUAUUAAAUACAAUUCAAUCAUUGGACGAAGAUUUAGAAAAAUGGAAAAACAGUGUUUUAAACGUUUUCCUUGAUAAUUUUGUAUUAGGAACUGAUGAUUGUAAUAGUGAAAAGGAUCCAUUAUUGCAUUAUGGUGAUAAAAAUGAGGAAUACUUAUUUAAUGAAAAAUAUUUUGAAUCGUCAGCAUUAAGAUUUUCAUAUUUUUUUCAUUUAUUAGCAAUUCAUAGAAUGGCAUUUAAAAUACCAUGGAAUGCAUUAAUGAACUCAUCGAUUAAUCAAAAUAAAUCUGAAAAGGAUGUAUUAUAUUUACAAAGAAAAUCAAUGUUAAAAUGUUUAAAUGCAGCUAGAGAGAUAUUAAGAAUGUCGAACCAAUUUUUAUUUUUAAAAGAGACUAUUCAACAAUUCAUAAACUGGUUAUUAUUUUAUCCAAUAGUUUCGUUUAUCACUUUGUUUAGUUGUAUAAUCCAAAUACCCAAUUUAAGGACAAUUGAAGAGGAUAUAAUGUUAUUAAUGGAGUCAGCAGAGAAAUUUAUGAAGAAGUUUAAUAAAGUCAAUGAAAAUAUGACAGAUAAACAUCGACUAAUUAGAGUUGUAAUAAGACAGUUGAUUAGAAUUGUUAUAAAAGUUUAUGAGAAUAAUCAUGGAUCAAUAAAAGAGUCAAAUGAAAAAUUUCAAACGAGUAUAAAACAAUAUUUUAAGAUUGAAAAGGAAUACGAUAAGGAUUUAAUAAUAGAUGAUGCUAGUAAUCUAUUGUUUGAUAUUAAUGAAGGCGAAAACUCGAAAAAAGAUAGUGAUUGUCAAAUUAAAGAUAAUGGAAAAGAUAAGCAUCAUGAAAAGAACAAAAAACAGAAACAGUUAGAAAGCAAAGUAAAUGACAAUAAUGAUAAUAAUGAUGGUGAUAAUACUAAUAACAGUGGCAAUGAUAUUAAGAAUCGAAAUACAAAAAAUACAAAUCAACUGGAAGAAAUAAUUGAUGAUGAUAGUAACUUAGUAAAUGCAGACACAUUUAACUUUUUAAGUAGCACUAAUUUUUUAAAUCCGGGUGAUAAUAAUAUGGCAAACAAUCUUACUAUAAACAAUAAUGGAAUGAACAAUAGUAUGCCAUUUUAUGAUAGUUUAAAUAAUAUGAAUAAAAUUUCAAACUAUAGCAAUUUUUCGAAUCUUCCAAAUUUAAAUGAUGGAUUAUACCAAAAACAAAUUAUGAAUAUUAAUGGAAACGGAAAUGGAAAUGGAAAUGGGAAUAGGAAUGAAAAUGAUAAUAAUAACAAUAAUAGUAAUGGUAAUGGGCAAUUUACCCAAUCAAUGGAACAAAAUAAUUUUAAUAAUUUUAACAAUUUUAGCAAUAAUUUUCAUAAUAAUUUUAGUAAUAAUUUUAACAAUUUUAGUAAUGGGUUUAGUAAUAAUCUUAACAUGAAUAUGAAUAUGAACAUGAAUAGAAUCAAUGCUGUUGAUAAUGUGAAUAAGAAAGGGUUAUUUUCGGAUAAUAGUUUGCCACCAAUUACUAAUUUACUACAUCGAUUAUAUGGCGAUAUAGGAUUACUGAAUGGAGAUAAUUCUACAAAUUUAAUGAAUAUUGGUAGUAAUAUUGGAAAUAAUGUUGGUAAUAAUUUUAAUAAUAAUUUUAAUAAUAAUAGUUAUAACAAUAGUAGCACUAAUUUAAGUGGAAAUGAGUUUAAUAGAAAUGAUCAAAUACUAUUUAAUAGUAUGGAGUAUCCUAAUGUUCAAUCUAUUUAUGAGACGAUGUUUAAUUUACCAGGGUUUUAUACACCUGGGAGUAAUGAUGAUAGUGGUAAUAUUUAUGGAGAUAUAAACUUAGAUUUUGAUUUAGAAGAUGCAAUGAAUAUUUAAUGAAAAAGAAAAGAUAAAAACGAGAAAAUCAGAAAAUCGGAAAAUCGGUAAUUAUUUUAUUUUAUUUAUUUUUUUCAUCUUUUUUAUUUCUAUUAUCUUUAUCAUUAUUUUUCAAGAAUUGAGAUAAUAGUAUGCCACCAAUUGCAGUUGCACCAACACCAAUGGCUAUUUUUUCUUUAUUUUGGACUAAACUGUCGAUGAAAUUAAAAUCCUGAUCUUUUGUUUGUGGGGAGCUGGAUUUUUGAUUGAAUUCUUGGUUGUCUGUUAGUGGCAAGGUUCUUGUUGACCUUCCAGAUGCGUCGUGAACAAAAUAAUAUUCU